GGUUUACAGGAAAUUAUCAAAGCGAAAGUGAAAGAGCAGUUAGUAAAGGGAUAAGUGAAACUAAGAAUCAGUGUUCAGCUGAACUACCGAGAGAAAAGCUAGACUUGAUUUCUUACCUCCUCUUGAUAGAUGUGUAACUUUAUUUAAAGUAGAAAGAAAAGGCAAUUGUUCCACCUAACGCUGAAGGACAAGGAGGCGGGUUUCCUUCCAGAAAUCUUUUACAACAUCGGAGCAAAAUGUCAGACAUAAAGCUUUGCCUGGAGGCCCUGUCAGCUCUCUCUGGCUGUACCGUUGAGGCAACAACUGGAUCCUCGCAGCUCACCUCGCAGGAUUUUGUCAACAUUGUAGCCCUUAAAGAGUUUUACAAACAGGAAGGAUUUAAAGAACUGGAGUACCCGAGCUUGGGAACUUUGUCCUUGCAGGACUUGGAAAAUCAGGACAUGUAUAGCGCCCCACCAGCACUGACCCAUGGACCCGUCAGUGCAAGCCUUAAACCAACCAUUAAAAUCAAUACCCAAGACUUCUUCCAUCCGCAGUAUGACUACGAUUUUACCAACAUAAAGGAUGGUGAUAAGGUAUUUAUGCGUGGAAAUGAGAAGUACGUUCGCCCCUGUGGAUGGAAACGGAUCGCUCUGCGCGUUGAACAGAAGUAUGAAGAUGGGGACAGUUGGCUGGGGACAGGGAACAAUGCCUGGCCAGUCUCCUACCAUGGCCACAACAUGGACGGCUCCCUUGGCAUCAUCAUCACCCAUGAUGGCCCACCAGACGACGAGCCAAACUUUCUGGAUGCCGGAGCCGCCGCUUUGCGAAACCCCGACACCAGAGGCAGGGGGGUGUACUCAACCCCAGAUAUCAAGAUGGCAGAGAAGUACUGCAAGACAUUCAAGUACAGCGUGGAUGGGAAGACGUACAAAGUAGUUCUUCAGAACCGUAUCAACCCUCAGAAAAGGAAGAGCUGCCAGAGAGAGGGCGUCUGGUUGGUGUACAUCCCAGAAGGCAGCACCAACCUGCAAGAGAAAGCCAUUAUUGAGAAGUCCCUUCGUCCGUAUGGACUCCUGAUAAAGCAGGAGUGACUUUUUGGAUGCUUGGAAGAUUCAGGGAUAUCAACCUUCUUUCACCUUGGGGAAAUAGAAAUGCUUUGCAAAAAGUGUGAGAUCUGUUUCAGUCAGGGGCAUGUGGACAUGAUUAUGCUAGUUUCUUCAGUUUCUGUUUGCUAUUGUCACUUUAGCUAAGUGAUCACACAAUCUGCCAUUUACCGAUCAGAAACACCAGGCUCCUCCCAGCCUGCAUUAUCUUCACCAUCCUUUUCUCAAAUUUGCUUGUCUCAUAUUUUUAUUAUUCAGAAAUAAAUAAACAGAUCUACUAAAAAUACAAAUUGGAUGAACUGAUGAAAAGAGAAAGCAAACAAGAUGUAGAAAAGUCUGUAGUUCUCUAAGUUGAUUUACACUGGCACAUAAAAACUUUUAGUUUCUAUUUUGAUUGUAGCCUAGUUUUAUUUUUAUUAAUUAUUGCACAUAAUUGAACCAACUUGACAAAAAAAGAAUGCUCCAUAAUGACUGAGUAAUUCAAUGAGCAAUAAAUUAUUAAUUUGCAAAUAUUGUUUCAGUAAUAUUUUGUACCUUUAAACUUCAUAAUGUGGUGUGGGGUUUUUAUGUUUACUCCCUAGUCUAAUUGGAAAUCUUUUUGUCUGAACUGAUAUUUUACUGUGAUCAUCUGUCUGUCUAUUGUGAACUGAAAGUCUGUCACAAAUAUGUCAUAAAUAUUAAAAUGGAGAGUACAAAUCCUUUA